GCUCUCCCGUCCGACCGCGCCAGUUUGAAUGAAAGCUCCUCAAGAUGGCGGCGGCCGGGGCCGAGGCGCGAGGAGCUUGGUGUGUGCCUUGCCUAGUUUCACUUGAUACUCUUCAGGAAGUAUGUAGAAAAGAAAAGCUCACAUGUAAAUCGAUUGGAAUCACCAAAAGGAAUCUAAACAAUUAUGAGGUGGAAUACUUGUGUGACUACAAGGUAGUAAAGGAUAUGGAAUAUUAUCUUGUAAAAUGGAAAGGAUGGCCAGAUUCUACAAAUACUUGGGAACCUUUGCAAAAUCUCAAGUGCCCGUUACUACUUCAGCAAUUCUCUAAUGACAAGCAUAAUUAUUUAUCUCAGGUAAAGAAAGGCAAAGCAAUAACUCUAAACAAUAACAAAGCUUUGAAACCCGCCAUUGCUGAAUACAUUGUAAAGAAGGCUAAACAAAGGAUAGCUCUGCAAAGAUGGCAAGAUGAACUCAACAGAAGAAAAAAUCAUACAGGAAUGAUUUUUGUUGAAAAUACUGUUGACUUAGAGGGCCCACCUUCAGACUUCUACUACAUUAAUGAAUACAAACCUACUCCUGGAAUCAGCUUAGUAAAUGAAGCUACCUUUGGUUGUUCAUGCACAGAUUGCUUCUUUGAGAAAUGUUGUCCUGCUGAAGCUGGAGUUCUUUUGGCUUAUAAUAAAAACCAGCAAAUUAAAAUCCCACCUGGUACCCCUAUUUAUGAAUGCAACUCAAGAUGCCAGUGUGGACCCGAUUGUCCCAAUAGGAUUGUACAGAAAGGCACACAGUAUUCACUUUGCAUCUUUCGAACUAGCAAUGGCUGUGGCUGGGGUGUAAAAACCCUUGUGAAGAUUAAAAGAAUGAGUUUUGUCAUGGAAUAUGUUGGAGAGGUAAUCACAAGUGAAGAAGCUGAAAGACGGGGGCAGUUAUAUGAUAACAAAGGAAUCACAUAUCUCUUUGAUCUGGAUUAUGAAUCUGAUGAAUUCACAGUGGAUGCAGCUCGAUAUGGAAAUGUGUCUCAUUUUGUGAAUCACAGUUGUGACCCAAAUCUUCAGGUGUUCAAUGUUUUCAUUGAUAACCUCGAUACUCGUCUUCCCCGAAUAGCAUUAUUUUCUACGAGAACCAUAAAUGCUGGAGAAGAGCUCACUUUUGAUUAUCAAAUGAAAGGUUCUGGAGAUAUGUCUUCAGACUCUAUUGACUACGGCCCAGCCAAAAAGAGAGUCAGAACUGUGUGCAAAUGUGGAGCUGUGACUUGCAGAGGUUACCUCAACUGAAUUUUCAGGAAAUAGAGCUGAGGAUAAAUGUAGUUUUGUUUUUUUCUAAUGUUAACAUUUUAAAAAAUAAAUAUUUGGGACUCUUUUCAUAUUAUGAAGAUUAUACUCUGUGUUAAUUUACAAUUCCUGUUUCAAACUAUUGGCCAAAAUGCAUCAUUGAUGCUUCUGAAGAGAGGAACACAAGGCCACAUAGACCAAUUUGAAAUAUACCUAAUUAGUGGUUAGAUACCAAACAAGAAAGGAAAACUACUACAGGUCAGCAUAUACAUACUUAAGAAGUCUGUGUGAACAGAGAAAUGCCUCCUUCGAUGUUUAAGUGUUAAACUGAUAAUGUCAACGAUCACUAAGAUCAAACAUUCAAUUUGCCAUAUACCUUGAAUUUAGAGAACUAGUAAAGUUCUAUUUUUGUUAUUAUGUUGUCAUUCUUGUUUACCUAUUUAUUACUAUAAAUAUUGUACUUGUAUUGGAGACAGAUAGGUGAUACUGAAUUAUACCCUGUUUUCUACUUCUUUCAUUAAAACAUUGAUAUCUUAAUGAUACUGAAAUUUAAGGUCUAAAAUUAAAUGU